AUGUCGAGCUCUACAGUCUCACUGUAUCUCGACCCUCAAAUUCGGGAUUGGGUCUUGUUCCCAAUCACCGUGGUCAUGAUCCUCGUGGGUAUUCUGCGGCACUAUGUUGUCCUCCUCUUGCAGUCUUCCCCCAAGAAACUUCCGAGAAACGCUAUUCGGGAACAGCGCGCCCUCGUUCGUUCACAAAUCCUCCGCGCGACGUCCGCAAACUCGCCUCUCCCUCCCGCUCACUACAAGGCAAUCUCCCAGCACUUGUCCAAAGCCUUCGCAGAUGGCGCGUACCUGAAGGACGGCCCGCCCAAGGGUGACGCACAACAGAGUGCACCCCCGAACCCCCUCACCGACCCCGCGGCCAUGGAUGGGAUGAUGGCAGGAAUGAAGACGCAGAUGGUGAUGAUGGUCCCGCAGAUGGUCAUUAUGGGAUGGAUCAACUUCUUCUUCCAAGGCUUUGUGCUCAUCAAGCUCCCCUUCCCGCUCACACUUGGCUUCAAGAGCAUGCUCCAGCGCGGCGUCGAGACACCUGAUAUGGACGUGCGUUGGGUGUCCUCGCUCUCCUGGUACUUCCUGAACUUCUUCGGUCUGAAUGGCCUUUACCGGCUCAUCCUCGGCGGCGAGAACUCUGCCGACUCAUCGCGGGACAUGGCCACGCCAUUCGCGGGCGCGAUGGCCGCUGCUCAACCCGGGCAGCCGCAGGACUUCGGCAAGCUCUUCAAAACCGAGCGCGACAACCUUGAAUUCUCAGAGGGGGUACACGCAUGGAUUGCCGCCGACAUGGAUACGAGGAUCCUGAAGAAGUACGGGCGACUACCCGCGACGACGUAG